GUCGUGAUUUAGCACAUUCAACUACAACUAUUCUGCCUAAAGAGCGUGAACAUGAGCUUAUAGUUCUGCAACGUGAAGCAUUUCGUAUGCAGGUUGUUGAUAGGCGCUGUCGAUCUUUUGUUGUUGAUUUGAAGAAAAAAAUUUGCACAUGCUGUGCAUUUCAAUUGGAUCAAUUUGUGUGUGUACAUGCUGUAGCAGCGAUUUCCAAAGCACCAAACAUGUCAUGUUAUGAUUUCAUUUCGCCUUUUUAUAAACGUGACGCGUUGUGUGCUACUUACAAUGGGAUUGUUCAUCCAAUUUGUGAUGUUGCUGCAUGGAAUGUCCCUGCUGAUGUUCAAAGUAUGAU